AAAUAUGUUAUUGUAAAAUCUAGAAUCUGACAUAAAUUUAAAAACGAGAGCCUGUGGCAUUGGGGGGAUCUAUCCGGAAUGAUUGGUCCCGUGAUUGGUUUCCCUUGUCAUAUGGUUUUCUUUUCUCUAUCUUGUUUACGUUGUCGUUGAGCACACCUUUUGGAUAAGCCUCACUCUCACUUUCCUUAAACUAUUUAUUUUCAUCUUUCUUCUUCUUUCCCCUUGUUUUGACUCCAACACCAUUAUCCCACACUACUUUCCAUCGUCACUACAAACUUGAAAGAUCCGCAAAUGAUUCUCUUAUUGUUCUCUUAGCUAUCACCAAGCAUAAUCGCCACCAUCGUAUUGUGUUGUUAUUGAAAGAGAAAAGUGAAAAGGGGUAUGUCUGCUACAGGGUUAUUAUAUCCACAUAUUCUCUAUGGUGAAGUCGUAGUUUACCAGAGAGAUCAACAGCACCAGCACCAGCACCAGUGCUUGGUAAGUAGUAGUAGUGGCAGAUACGUGUUUUUAUCUUCAUUGAAGAGUAGUAGUGGUUGCUGGAACGCUUCUUUUGGGCAGAGGAUUAGACGGAGGAAUUUGAGAGUUGAAGCGACGUGGCCAGAUUUGUCAAGACCAAGUGUCAUAGAGAUGGAAUCCAUUGAUGAUAGUGAGCACCUUGAUCAAAUUCUGCUUCAUGCUCAGCAAAAUUCACAACCCAUCAUCAUUGAUUGGAUGGCUGCUUGGUGCCGUAAAUGCAUAUAUUUGAAGCCCAAGUUGGAGAAAUUGGCUGCAGAGUAUGACACAAAGAUCAAAUUUUAUUACGUGGAUGUGAAUAAAGUGCCUCAGACUCUAGUGAAGCGUGGCAAUAUCUCUAAAAUGCCAACAAUUCAGUUGUGGAAAGAUGGGGAGAUGAAAGCAGAGGUGAUUGGAGGCCACAAGGCCUGGCUAGUCAUUGAAGAAGUCAGAGAAAUGAUCCUAAAGUUUGUAUAGUGUGUUCUAUUAUUCUUCAUUCUUCUCUUUUUCUUAUUUUUAACAACCUCAAUUAGCACAUAUGUUUAUUCAUAUAGUAAUUUCUUACUCCCA